GAGCGGUGAAGCGGUGGGGAGCGCAGUGUCGGGGUCGAAGAUCGGCUGUUGGCCUAACCCCAGACUCCCGAACCCCAGAUCCGUCAUUUGGAUAGCCUCGGGGUUCCCCUCUUCCGUUCCAAUCUUCCAAUCCAUAAAUAGACCGCAUCACUGCAGUGUCUGCGAUGGUUUGUUGGCAGACUAUAUCAUCAGCAGAGUGCCAUGGAUUAGAUUUUUUGGCUCUUUGUGAUCGAGUUGAGUCUGUCUUUGAGAGAAUCCUGGCCGUUUUCGUUUAUCGCUCUUUAGCGUGCAAAAGUGUUUGUCCGAACUAGCUACCAAAAAGGUUAGUCCGCCCGGUUUUGAAGCCGUCGAUGUGCGCUUAGCUGCAAUUUGAUGGCAGCCCUAUCAGACCAUUGCAACACAGCAUAGCAUCUACAUCGGCACUGACUAAUGGUUAAGCAAUCCUGCUUGGAACUUGCAGAUUUGCAGAUUGAAAUUUAAGAUCGGCCCACUAUGAUCACCGAGCUCCUCACCCCGCAGACCACAGGUUUUAUCCUGCUGGGUCUGCUCGCCGCUUACUACAUCGUUCCGUACCUGCAGAAAUGGCACCUACAUGAUAUUCCUUCUCCGAGCUUUGCUGCCUUUAGCAACCUCUGGCUGCUCCUGCAGGCCCGUAGAGGUCAUCGGUUCCUGAAGGUGGACGAGGCCCACAAAAAAUAUGGAAAACUCGUCCGCAUUGCGCCAAGACAGGUCUCCAUUGCGGACGACGCUGCAAUUCAAGCUAUCUACGGGCACGGAAAUGGCUUCCUCAAAUCCGAUUUCUAUGAUGCCUUUGUCUCGAUCCGUCGCGGUCUUUUCAAUACUCGCGACCGUGAAGAACAUACCCGCAAGCGCAAGACUGUCUCUCAUACCUUCAGUAUGAAGUCCAUUGGCCAGUUCGAGCAGUACAUCCACCAAAACGUCGAGCUGUUCGUUCAGCAGUGGACCAAGCUCGCCAAGCUCAAUGGUAACCCCCGGUCCGGCUAUGCCACCAUCGACGCUCUCAAUUGGUUCAACUAUCUGGCUUUUGACAUCAUUGGCGACCUUGCCUUUGGUGCUCCCUUUGGAAUGCUCGAGAAGAGCAGGGAUAUUGCCGAGAUGCGCAAGACGCCUGACUCGGAGCCCACCUACGUACAGGCUGUCGAGGUUCUCAACCGCCGUGGUGAGGUCUCUGCUACUCUCGGCUGUCUCCCCCGACUCAUCCCCUAUGCCAAGUAUCUCCCCGACCGCUUUUUCAAGGAUGGCAUUCAAGCCGUUGAAAAUCUGGCCGGUAUCGCCGUUGCCCGUGUCAAUGAGCGCCUCAAGCCGGAAGUCAUGGCGAAGAACACCCGUGUCGAUCUUCUUUCUCGCCUGAUGGAAGGCAAGGACUGCAACGGCAACAAGCUCGGCCGCGAGGAACUCACUGCCGAGGCCUUGACACAGCUCAUCGCUGGUUCGGAUACUACCUCCAACACCACCUGCGCGAUCCUCUACUGGUGCAUGUCUACCCCCGGCGUCAUCCCCAAGCUCCAGAAGGUCCUCGACGAGGCUAUUCCCGACGACGUCGAUGUUCCCACGCACGCCAUGGUCAAAGAUAUUCCCUACCUGCAAUGGGUCAUCUGGGAAACUAUGCGCAUCCACAGCACCUCCGCCAUGGGCCUUCCCCUCACCAUCUCCGGCCACACCUUCUACCCCGGCGACGUCGUCUCCGUCCCCAGCUACACCAUCCACCGCUCCAAGGAAAUCUGGGGCCCGGACGCCGAGCAAUUCGUCCCCGAACGCUGGGAUCCCGCCCGCCUUACCGCGCGCCAAAAGGCCGCUUUCAUUCCCUUCUCCACCGGUCCGCGCGCCUGCGUCGGCCGCAACGUCGCCGAGAUGGAACUGCUCGUCAUGACCGGUACUAUCUUCCGGCUCUUCGAGUUCGAGAUGCAGCAGGAUGAACCCAUGGAGACGCGUGAGGGCUUCCUGCGCAAGCCUCUUGGUUUGAUUGUCGGGAUGAAGCGGCGGGCUGCGCAUGCUUCUGUUUAAACACCACCAGUUGAGUCGAGCAAUAUGCUGGCUGGUGGAAUUCUAGGAUGUGACUUGGGAGGAAUUAACUGUUGGAACGGGCCCGCGAUAAUGCAACGAAUUAGCUGUAAAAGAAGAACCUUUCUCCUUUCUUCUCUCUUGUUUCUGUAUACACAGUUCACUCUAUUCGGUGUGAUCAUUCGCUUACGCAUUGUUGAUAUCUUUCGAGGUGGGGUUUUGGGGGGGUUCUUUUUCCGUCAUCUGCAUGAUGCCGUUGAGCAGCGCUCCUGCUGGUGCAGAGGGCAGUAUAAAAAAUAUGAAGUCCUACA